CCGCGAGAGUAGGGACGCGAUAAUACGUUUAAUCGCUACAUUAUAUUGACAGUUGAAUCUGCUUUUCGCGGCGCACAACGUUCGGAGUGAAGAAAAAACGUUAUUGAGAUAAGACUCUGAAUUCUUAAGUUGAUAAACAAUAUACGUUUAGUCUGAUUAUUUCCACUGAAUUCUUUGUUUGCCUAACAAAAUUUUUUUGUGAAGUAUGACGAUUCCUAACGGCUUAUCUAUGAAUGCUGCUGGAAAUUAUGAAGAGACGUCAAACAAUUCAAGCGAAUAUAGAUACAUGAUGAUGUUCAAGAGCAUAGUCGAUCAAGAGCUACUUCCAAAUGACUUCGAUGUUUGGACUAUAGAGGAGCAAUGUACAUGGAUAAACAAGAACAUCCCGACGUUUUUUCCGAAUGUACCAAAGUCGGUGUUGCAUUUAAUGCCAGGUUUCUGUCGACUAGCAAAUUGCAAACGGUCACUCGUGGAAACACCUGAAUGGUUGGAUAUGGAUAAGUACCGCAAAGGGCAGAAAUUUGUGCGUGAAAAUUAUUUCUCAAUUAUGAUUGGCACAGUAUUGGGCACUUUAUUGCUAUAUACCUUUGAGGAGGAUUUAAAACCACUGAUAAUAACAAAGGGCAGUAUUACGCCGUAUUUAGCAUUUAAAAGGUAUUUUUCAACUUUUCAACGAUUGUCUAGCUGGUAUAACGGAGAACCUUGGAUUAAAGGAACCCAAGCCUAUAAAGACAUGCAAUAUGCAUGUAAAAUGCAUUCAUUAACACAAGCAAAAUUAUCUAAACUCGAUAACAAUCAAUUUGAGAGCGAAGCUAAAAUCGCAGACCCGUGGUGCCCAGAUCACAAAUUACUUUUAAAAGAUUUCGCCGCGGUGUGUCCACUUAAUACACAAUCUUGUUAUCAAAUGAUUUCUAAGUCAUCGUACAUAAUAAAAAACUUGAAUAAUGCGAAUAUGGCAUGUGCACAAUGCUUUUUCUUCAGUAUAAUUUUGCUUUGGCCGCAAAAUAUUGGAAUACAUAAUGCAACCAACGAAGACAUGGAGGCCUUUUGCCAUAUGUGGAGAUGUUACGGAUAUUUUCUCGGAAUAGAGGAUGAGUACAACACAUGCCGUGGCAAUCUCAAGGAAAUAAAGCACCGUACUCGAGAUUUAUAUGAAGUGAUGUUGAGUAAUUUGAAUAAUAUUACACCAAAAUGGGAACACAUGACGAGAUGUUUCAUCGAAUCAUUAAAUUAUUAUCCUUUCCUCUAUAUGCCUUACAAAAUGAUGGUUGUAUUCGCUAUGGAUAUAUUAAAUAUAAGCAUGCCGCAUUUGUAUGUGUCAAUGAGUUACGCGGAAUGGAUUACUUAUAAAAUCUCGAGAUUCUUAUUUAGAUAUGCUUUUAAAUUCUCAAUCAUCCGAUUAAUUAUAAAUAAAGCGGCAAAUAAACUAAUUGACAAAGUGAUGAAUUUCAGCCCAGAGAAGAAUGUAGAACUUCAGGAGAAAUCAAAACAACAAUUAUUAAAAUUUUCUACAGAGCAUUAAUAGCGAAGCGUACUUGUAGAAAAGAUAAGGCGUGAGAUAGAUACAUGAUAGUGAAAUAUCAUAAUAUCUUAUAUAUGUAGUUUAAGUUGAAUUCUAAAAACAAUUAAAAGUAGUUUGCUGUAAUUUAUUUAGACAUCGUAGGAUAGUUAUUGAUCAUUACGUUGUCUUUAUAAAUUUCAUUGAAUUUCAGUUUUGCAGGUAGCAGAUAUUUUUACAGGUGUAUAUUUUACAUAAUUUUGAGACGUACGUUAGAUAUCGAUUUUUGAACUUUAGUCUAGCUCUAAGACUUUGCCGGCUUUCAAAUAAUAUAAGUGAAUUUAAUGUAUCACAAAAUGUGCAUUAAAAAUAAAGUUUUAUUUUAAGUAAAUAAUUAAAA